AUGAGUAUGCCAGCCGUGCCCCAUGCCUCCCUCCAGUUCGGCAUCGAGAUCGAAUUACUCCUGGGCGGCCGCAAGAAAGCACACUCAUCCUGGAAAAGCCUCGCCAACGAACUGAGCAGACGCCUAGCAGCCGCUGGUAUCUCCAAUCACAUCAACGAUGGGGUUGACAAGGCCGUCGAGCACUAUCGCGAGUACUCGAUCGUGCGCGAGGUCACUAUCCCGAAUCAGCUCGCAAAGGGCCUGUGGGGGAUAGAGCUCGUCUCACCUGUCUAUCCAGCCUCUUGGCACUGGGCAGCCGAUAUGGAGCUGAUCUUCUCGACCAUCAGGCACUACUUCGUCAUGGCACCCAGCCCGCACUGCAGCACACACAUCCACGUCUCGGCGACGCCCGUGUCCUUGUCGCCCGCCGAGCUUUCUGCGCUGGCCAAGGCUGCCCUGUACUUUGAACCGGCCCUCGACCAGCUCGUCCCAGCCGACAGGCGCAGCAACCGGGCCAGCGUGGCCCUGCGGUCUCUGAGCCUGCCGGACUGCCUGGUCAUGGUGGACGCCACGCUGGACCUGCCGGGCCUGGUCGGGAGCAUGAACCUCUUCCCCGCGACGUCGACAUAUGGGAGAGCACACGGCAAGAAGCACGACUUUGUCCGGGGAAAGGUGUACAAGUGGGACUUCUCGAGGAUGCUGCCUCGGUCAUCCUCUUCCAAGAGCAGCGCCACGAGCCUGGCCCAGGGCACGGUGGAAUUUCGCCAGCCUCCGGGGAGCCGGUCUGCCGAGGACGCCAAAGGCUGGAUCACCCUGGUGUUGGCCCUCGUGGCGGGUGCUACCAGGACGACGUCCUGGGCACCUCUGGGUGCUGCAGGGUCAGAAGGGGCCACGAUCGGGGAGCUAUGGGCGCUGAUUGUGACUGGCGCCUCUAUGCUAGGCUGGGACGGGGUAGGCGAUGCAGCUGCUAUCUUUUCCAAGAGGACCGUGUAA